AUGACAGUUGAUUUAUUAUCUGUUGAAAAUUUUCUUUGUGAACUAGCUAUUAACAAGAUAGGUCCCAUCAUUAAAAACAAAUCUGGCACUCAAAAGACCUAUGAUAUGAAGACAGGUUCCAGAAGAGUGGACAUUGUAACCGAGAUUGAUAAACAAGUAGAAAAAUUGAUUUGGGAUUCUUUGAAAAGUAAGUAUCCAAAUUUCAAAUUUAUUGGCGAAGAAAGUUAUGUGAAAGGUGUUACCAAAAUAACUAAUGAUCCGACAUUUAUCGUAGAUCCUAUUGAUGGUACUACCAAUUUUGUUCAUGAUUUCCCCUUCAGUUGUACCUCCAUGGGAUUAACCAUCGACAAAGAACCUGUUGUAGGUGUUGUCUACAACCCUCACCUAGAUCUACUGGUAUCUGCGUCUAAAGGUAACGGUGUCAGAAUCAAUGGGGAAUCGUUUGAUUAUUCGACCAAAAUUACUAGUAUGGGUUCUUUGACUUUAAAUAAAUCUGUUAUUGCAUUACAACCAGGUUCACAAAGAGAAGGUGCAAAUUUUCAGACUAAGAUGGCAACUUCUGAAAAUUUAUUAGCUGUUGAUGGGGGGUUUGUUCAUGGCUUUAGAAAUCUGGGAUCCUCUGCAAUGUCUCUUGUUUACACAGCAAUAGGUUAUUUGGAUGGGUAUUGGGACGGUGGUUGUUAUUCAUGGGAUGUCUGUGCUGGGUGGUGUAUUUUGAAAGAGACUGGUGGGAUAGUUGUAGGGGCCAACCCAGGUGAAUGGGAAAUUGGUGUUGACAACAGAUCAUAUUUAGCAGUAAGAGGUUGUUCAAAUGUUGGUGAACAAAUCGAAUACAUAGAAAAGUUUUGGGGUUGUGUUAAGGGCACUCUAAACUAUGAUUAA